AUGGUGGUUCAAAGACUGGACUGGGCGAUUGGCGGAGCAUGGAGUGAAUACACAGCGAAAGCAGAGUUCCCGUAUAAGAGCCAAACCAUGCUGGGCAAUACCGCAGGCUGCGGUCUCAUAGCAACGGCCAUCACAUGGCUGUACAAGGGGGUGUCUGAGCACAGGCAAAGGACCAAGGCCAGAUUCGGUAUCAGGGUUUCAGCCUUGGAGCUCACCAACAGGCGGAGAGAUCUGCUCGCUUCUUAUGCCAGUGGUCCAGCCAGCCGGAGUAGAUUACAUUUGAUCGACCUUGGAGGUGGCGUCAAUGUUGAGCAAAAAUUAGGUAGAGGUGAAAUGAUUCUGCCUCCUUCUGCCAUCGGCAAUAUCCUGCUGGCCAUUCUCAAUGGACACAAGCACCUUCCACAUAGGGACCAGAUAGUAACACAAACGCUUAAACAGUGUCUAGGAUCGCUUAGAUGCCAAGCUGUGAUCAUUGCACACAUAUCAACCGCUAAAAUGCACCAGACUGAUACAAUAGCAACCGUACAACUCGCAUCCAGAAUACACAGACUGAGGCGAAGGCGAUUCAAGGUGGGUCACCCGUCACAGGCGGACGACGCGGAGAGGAGCCCAGUGGAGACAGUGGACCCGUCGAGCAGCGAGCAGAGUGCUGACACCGUCAUCUACGUGGGCCCCGGCGGAGAGACAGAGACCGACGGCGAGCAUCCUCCCAUCUACAUGUCUCGUCUCCUCCCGCCCGGAUCACCCCAGAGGAGCAUAUCCAAAAAUUCAAGCAGAUCAACGAAAUCGUCACCAUGCAAGUCGAAAUCGAAGCCGCUUCUCGACGGCGGCGAGGAGCAGUGGGUGGACGGGCCGAAAAUCUCGAAGUCGCGGCUGGUGGAGGCCAGGAACCAGCUGCUACAGAAGGACAAGCGGGGCCACAAGGAGAUGUGGGUGGACGGCCCAGCUAGCCAUGUCAUGGACUUCUCAAAACGCAGCAUGAUCCGCAAGUGGGUGGAGAACCAGACGAUGCAGACGCAGAGCAGGCGCCGCGAUAAGGAGAAGGGCAAGUACAAGGAGAUGACCGUGUUCAAGACGUGUGAGGACCGGGGCCGCGCCAGUGGUCAGGAGGACAGUGCCGCUGAGGAGGAAGCGCCCGUCACAGCUACGGCCACCGAGACCCCGGCUGCGCAGCGCAGUGCGGAGAUCGGCAAAGUGGUGCCAAUACAAAGGCUGCAGGCGAUUGGUCAAGACAUGCCUGAACCGGAGAAACCGAGCAACGACAAUCAUGAAAUAGAAUUAGAUAAUGGAGACGAUUUGGAUGAGAAGUCAGACACGUCCUCUGAUCAGAAAGAGAUAAUGUUGGAUGUUGAUGAAGACAUCAUAACUGACGAGGAUGACGAAAUAAUAAUAGUGGAGGAGCCAACUGAGCUUGUGCCGAUGCAAGACUGUUGCUUACAGGUAACUGAGGAGGACAUUGCGCUGAGUAUGGGAGAGUAUAUUGAGAACCCGCUUCCCGAGGUGGAUCAGGAGGAUCAUCCACUGAAACUUCUGAGUGAGGAAAAUUUGUCUGUUAUGUCAUCUUUGGGAGAUCAAGGACGUCUCGAGCGAUGGCAAUCUCUAUCAGACCUCUGUCCGCCGGAAGACGACACAGCGAGCAUCUUGAGCGAACCGCUCUACCACUCCGACGGAGUCUACUGCCAGAAUUGCCGACUGAACAUCACGCCGUCGCGGAAUCACGUGCAUCUCAACUCACUCAACAGACUGAGCAAGAGCAUUUCCCUGCUGAGGCACCCGGAUGGAUCCUCCAACCCCAACUUGUCCAAACUGGACGACGGCUGGAGCAAGUCCAAUGAGCUUGAUUUGGAUCACGACAAUAAGUUCAAAGACGAGUUCGAUGCUUUGUCCAUUCCACCCCUGCCGCCUCUGCAGUCCACAAUGAUCAGCUUAUCAAGUGCUGGAUUCAAAUGCACUGGACGUUCUUCGAAGCCAUCUCUAUGGCAGGUCUAAACCAAUCACAGUGCAUAGAAAUAGCACCAAGACG